AAUAUUGUUCAAAAGCGUUUAUGUAGAACAAUUCGCAUAAUUCCAAUUUCCAAAGACCUAACUUUCUCACCAUUGCUCACGUAUUUUCUAUCGAUCAGAUAAGCAGCAUAUGGUAUAGCACGCAGCUGUAGGAGAAUCCAUCUUCGACACUAUGCACCGGCUGGCCCUCUACCUCUCCUUCCUUCAUCUCCUCCUCACCCAGCAGGCCGUCACCGAAACCCCGCCACCCUACGCUGCCACCGACUAUUUACUCCUUGAUUGUGGCUCGUCCUCCAAGUCAACCUCGCUCGAUGGCCGUAACUGGGACGGCGAUUUCAACUCAAAGUUCUCACCCCCAAAUAUGCAAACCAUAUCAAUUGCAUCUACCCCCUCCCAACACGACGACCCUUCUGCUACCCAAGUCCCCUACAUGACUGCACGCAUCUUUCACAACAAGUUCACCUACUCCUUCCCCGUCUCGCCUGGCCUAAAGUUCCUCCGUCUCUACUUCCUCCCGGCCACCUACUCCGGACUCGACAAAUCCAAGUCCUUCUCCUUCGUCACCGCCAAUAACUUCACCCUCUUAAGCAACUUCAGUGCCUUCCUUACCGUCUCUUCGUUAAAUCCUCCCGUAGCCUCCUUUAUCAAAGAAUUCAUAAUCCCUGUGUUGCACACUCAGUUUCUCAACAUAACCUUUAUUCCAUCAAAAAGCUCUUACGCCUUCAUUAAUGGUAUAGAGAUUGUUUCUAUGCCAAAGAAUCUCUAUAUGUACAAUAGAGAUUAUGUAAUCACCUUGGUAGAUUACAACAGUCGUUCCUUCUAUUUCGACGACACCACUGCUCUUGAGACUAUGUAUAGACUAAACGUGGGGGGCAACGAUGUCCCGGGCGUAGAGGAUACUGGGAUGUUCCGGACUUGGAGUCAGGACUCGCAGUAUCUGUUUGGCCAGAUUGUUGGGCAGACGCCUUACCGGUCUAAAGCCACGAUACAGUAUACGACGGACACACCAGCCUACACAGCGCCGAAGAUUGUGUAUCAAACUUCUCGCACAAUGAAUAACAAUACUACGGUUAACUUGAAUUCCAACCUCACGUGGAUCUUCACUGUUGAUGGCGGGUUUAACUAUCUUUUUAGGCUUCACUUCUGCGAAACUCAGGAGGAAGUAGUGGAAACGAACCAAAGAGUUUUUUACAUAUUCAUCAAUAAUCAGACGGCACAGGCACAAACGGAUGUGAUUGAAUGGAGCGGUGGUACCGGAAUUCCUGUAUACAGAGAGUAUGUUGUGUUGGUCCCAAGUGGAAACAAGGGGAAACAAGAUUUGUGGCUUGCGCUACACCCUGACUUGGAUAUGUCACCACGUCCCGCAUUCGACAAUGCCAUCUUGAACGGUGUGGAAAUAUUUAAGUUGAACCGAUCAGACGGUAGUCUUGCUGGGCUCAACCCGGAAAUGGAAGGCCCGGAACCCAAAACAAAACAAACGGAGAGGAGAAAGAGGUUGUCGCCGAUGAUAGCCAUUCUCAUAGGAGGUGUUGUUGGCGGCCUACCAGCCAUUUUUGCUAUUUAUUUCUUCGUUUACCGGCGAAAUACAAGGGUGAAGGACUCAGGUUCUACUACUAGCAAGCCCAGGUCCUCGUGGGUCCCAUUCUCCAAGAGAUCAUGUUCCACAAACACCAACGCUUCAUCGCUACCGUCCGAUCAUUGCCGUCACUUCUUGCUCGCUGAUAUGAAAGCGGCCACGCGCGAUUUUGAUGAUCAUUUGGUCAUUGGAGCCGGAGGAUUUGGUAACGUCUACAAAGGAUACAUCGACGGCGGGUUUACUAGAGUUGCCAUCAAACGGUUGAACCGGUCUUCGAAGCAGGGGGUCCGCGAGUUCUGGACCGAAAUCGAGCUGCUCUCCCAGCUUCGGCACGUUAAUCUUGUGCCGUUGAUUGGAUAUUGCGAUGACCAAGGUGAGAUGAUCCUCGUGUAUGAUUUCAUGGCCCGUGGGACCCUCCGGGACCAUCUAUACAACACGAUGAACCCUCCUCUUCCGUGGAAGCGACGCCUGGAAAUCUGCUUGGGCGCAGCUCGUGGGUUGCACUAUCUCCAUUGCAGUGCAAAGCACACGAUUAUUCACCGUGACGUAAAGUCAACAAACGUGCUGUUGGACGAGAAAUGGGUGGCCAAGAUUUCGGAUUUCGGACUGUCCAGAAAGGGUCCCAUUAGUAUGUUCCAGACCCACGUAAGCACCGUGGUGAAGGGUAGUUUCGGGUACGUAGACCCAGAAUACUUCCGAAGGCAACAACUAACGGUGAAGUCUGACGUGUAUUCAUUUGGCGUGGUGUUAUUUGAGGUCCUAUGUGCUAGGCCAGCUUUGGUUCCGGGUCUACCAAAGGAGCAAGUGAGCCUGGCUGAGUGGGGCCGGAGAUGCUACCAGUGUGGGAACCUAGGUGACAUCGUGGACCCACAUUUGAGGGCGGAGAUUGCACCCGAGUGUUUGAACAAGUUUGGGGAGAUUGCGGAAAGUUGCUUGCGUGGUCAAGGAAUCGAACGGCCAGAAAUGAGCGAUGUGGUGUGGGGCCUUGAGUUCGCAUUGCAGCUUCAAGUUGCUGCCGACAGGAAGAUCAACGGUAUAUAUGAGGAGGUGAAUGGGAGCCAAAUUAAAGUUGAUGCAGGUGGGGCUGGGCCGAGCUCGUAUAAUUCGGGUGGAGAGGUAUCUACCGCUGAUGAGGAUGACCUGUUCUCUAGUUCGGGUGCGCUUGUGUCUCACAAUGUGUCCUCACAAUAUAGCCAUGAAAAUUGAGAAAUAGGGGUAGCUUGUUUGAGAAAAUUGUAAUUAAAACAAGAAGGAAGGUCGAUAUAGUGACGUAGGAUACUCUGUAGUUUCUGGGCACUGCUUCCCAAUCAAAGCCAAGUUUAUUUAUUUUUAUUUUUUUUAAGUAAUCAAAGCCAAGUUGUAAAUGCAAUACACAACUCAAGUGAACCUUGUACUCUACUUUCCUAAUUACUAUAUAUAUAGUGAUGUAAGAAACUUCGGCCAUGUC